GUGGGAGAUGCCGGACGCGUGACCACCCGGGAAGAAGCGGUCCAGAACAAGAUAUGCAAGGUAUAUCACCAGACUUGGCUCAACUGACGAGUUCCUUCUGUGGAAAUGGAUUCUUCGCGUUCUCCCUCCCUCCUCCGAUGAGGACACGGCAACUCGAACAAAACGCAUUGUAUAAACACGGUCGUAGGCGCAUAGCCGUUCCAAUAUAUCAACUCACCAGCUUGUUGAUUGAUUUCUCGCCUAGCUUUGUCCAUAUCUGAAUUCUGAAUCAAGCAGCCAGCAGCAUCGUCAAAAGUGAGAUACGUACCAUGGAUGCCCCUGCCCCCAACGCCACCGGCCCGGGUCACGAGGACUUCAAACCUAAGUACACAGUCGUCACCGGCGAGCCGGCGACGCACACCCUCUCCGUCGAUCUAACCGACGAAGGGGGUUUCAAGAAGGAGCACAUCAGGGUGCAGCUGGUCCGCAACAAAAGGCUGGUGAUCGUGAGCGGCGAGCGCCCCGUCGAUGGUGAUGGAAAGGUUAGGCGCUUCAAGCUGGAGUUCCAGGUGACCGACAACUGCGACGUCAACGGCAUCCACGCGCGGUUGGACGGCGGGUUCGUGCGGGUCACCAUGCCCGACGUGAAAGCCGCGACUUCUGCAAUCGUCGUCCGCGGCGGCGAUGCAGCCUCAGCUGGCAAGCAGGAGCCCGCUGCGCCUGCGGUGGCCAAGACGGACGCCGGAGCCGGAGGAGGACGUAAGAAGGAAGAGGAGGGCGUGCCGAAGCAGAAAGAUGGUGCAGGCGCCGCCAUUGAUGGGCCCACUGGCCGCGGCUACAAAUACCUCCCCCACCAAGAGCAGAGAAAGCUCGCGACCAGUGUGGUUGGCACGGUGCUCGUCCUGUUUUGCCUCGGUGUUUAUGUCAGGUAUAGGUUCGGGCCAUGAGCGGGGACAUUGCGGUGCAGCAUGCAUGCCUUUACGAACCUAAAGAAUCAUUAGGGAGACGUGUACUCUCCUCGAAAAAAGAAAGAUCUUUCACGGUACCCUGAAAAUAACAAGAGCCCUUCAUUUCUAUUAAUCCAACGGAUGGUAUCAA